CCGUGGAGCUGGCCUCGGCCGCGCCGCCUCCCCCUUUCCCCUGACCCUCCCGGCUCAAUGAAGCUUUCUUCGCCCGCAGGUUGGAGGCCGGGCAGCUGCGGUCAGGGAGCUGGACUUUGAAGCGGCCAUGGACGACGGAGCGGCCUGGGCGGUGGCCCCCGUGGCGGCAGAAAUCCUUCCAGCCCCCUGCCCUUUCCGCAGAUCCCCGGCCAGGCGGGAUGUACAGUUCUACUCUGGCUGGACCUCGGGCGGGUCCCGCCAGGGGACUGAACUUCGAGAGUCUGUUUGGCCCUGCGGGUGCCCCGGGGAGCCGGCAAGUGACGUCACGACCUUCACUCUGACGUCACGCAGAGUCCGUGAUGUCACACGCAGCCCAAGGCCGGGGCGCCAGGGCUGGAAGCACGAAGUUUCCCCGGGUGGAGCCCCUCUGCGCUCCAGGGCGGUGGGGCGGGCCUGCGGAUUUGGGGACCCUUCCUCUUUUCCUCCUUGCGCUCUCCCCGCCCUCGGACUGCCCGAGGCGGCGGCGCGCGGAGGGGAAACGCCCCCGCCAGGCCGGCCCCGCCCCGGCCCCGCCUCCGGCCUGCGCCCUCAGGGCCAGGAAGCGCCGGAGGAGCCGCCCGGGGACAUGGACGGGGCUGUGAUGGAAGGGCCGCUCUUUUUGCAGAGUCAGCGCUUCGGGACUAAGAAAUGGAGGAAGACGUGGGCCGUGCUGUACCCGGCCAGCCCCCACGGCGUCGCGCGGCUCGAGUUCUUUGAUCACAAGGGGUCGAGCUCUGGAAGUGGUCGAGGGAGCUCGCGCCGCCUGGACUGCAAGGUGAUCCGUCUGGCCGAGUGCGUGAGUGUGGCUCCGGUGGCCGUGGAAAGCCCCCCAGAACCCGGCGCGGCUGCCUUCCGCCUGGACACUGCGCAGCGCUCACACCUGCUGGCGGCGGACGCGCCGUCCAGCGCCGCCUGGGUGCAGACGUUGUGCCGAAAUGCCUUUCCGAAAGGAAGUUGGGCUCUGGCGCCAUUCACGGACCCACCUAAGCUUUCUGCUUUGGAGAUGCUGGAGAACUCACUGUACAGCCCUACGUGGGAAGGAUCGCAGUUCUGGGUCACUGUUCAGAAGACAGAGGCCUCUGAGCGCUGUGGCCUGCACGGGCCCUAUGUGCUGAGGGUAGAGGCUGAGAGGCUGACUCUCCUGACCUUGGGAGCCCAGGGUCAGAUUCUGGAGCCACUUCUUUCUUGGCCCUACACUCUGUUGCGCCGCUAUGGCCGAGACAAGGUCAUGUUCUCUUUUGAAGCUGGUCGCCGUUGCCCUUCUGGCCCUGGAACCUUCACCUUCCAGACUGUGCAAGGAAAUGACAUAUUUCAGGCAGUUGAGACUGCCAUCCGUCAGCAGAAGGCCCAGGGAAAAGUGGGACAGGGGCAAGAUAUCCUCAGAGCUGACUCCCAUGAAGGGGAGGUGGCUGAGGGGAAGUUGGCUUCUGCCCCUGGCUCCCAACAGCUCCAAGGCAGCACCCCAGCCCUGUAUGCUGAGCCCUUGGACUCCCUGCGCGUUCCUCCAAGUCCUUCCCAGGACUCCUUGUACUCAGACCCCGUAGACAGUACCGCUUCUCGGGCAGCAGAAGACAUUCAGGGGAAGAAACGUCUCUACUGGGAUCUGUAUGAGCAUGUGGAGCAGCAGCUGCAGAAGACCAAGCUGACAAAUACCAAAGAGGACCCCAUCUAUGAUGAACCUGAGGGUCUGGCCUCAGCCUCUGCCCGUGGCCUUUACGAUGUGCCUCAGGAGCCCAAGGACGCAUGGUGGUGCCAGGCUCGGGUGAAAGAGGAGGGUUAUGAGUUCCCCUACAACCCUGCCACUGAUGACUAUGCUGUGCCACCCCCUCGGAGCACAAAGCCCGUCCCAGCUCCCAAGCCCCAGAGUCUGGCCUUCCCUGAACCUGGUACUACAGCUGGUAGCGGCAGCAAAGGCCACAGCUCAGACACUGUAUUGUAUAGCCAGGUCCAGAAGAGUGGAGUCACAGGGGGCUGGGACUGUGGGCUCUCUAGGACGGGUACUGACAGGACUGGGGUGAAGUCAGAGGGCUCCACCUGAAAAGGUAGCUGAUAAGAGGACCAUGGGAAGGUGGUGCUAGAAAAUCCUGUCAGAAUGUGCAGGACCCAGAGCGGGGAGGCCCCUCUCUGGAAGUCCUAGGAAGUGGAACAGGUGGCAGGAGAAGGCAUGAGCUCGAGGGAACACAGCACCCUUAAGCCACCCUUCUCCCAAAGGAACAGACAGCUGCUGGACUACCAGGUCUUCAGAAAGGGGUAUUUGGUCAGACUGGGUACAGUUCCAGGGUCUUGAAUGAAAAUUGCCUGGAUCCUUAUACCUCCCUGCUUUGUUCUUUGCCAGAGAUAUAUUUUAAAAACUUUAAAGAUUUGCAUUAAAGUCAGUUUGGGUUUAA